AUGAAGGAUUACGACAUGUAUGUGAAUGAAACAUCCACUCAAAUCCACAACGAGCAUCUCUCCGGAUGGAAUCCAACGAACAAUACUCCGGGUAGACCGGAGAGAAUAGUGGAUAAUCUCUGGAGCGACUUCGAGGUAGCGGCUUCAAGCGACUCUUAUCAGUGGCAUCUGUCGCCCUCAGUACCAGGAGCACCAAAUGAUAUCAUCGGUGCAAAUAUCUUAGCUGAGGAUAAUUUUACACGUCAUAGCUCAUAUCCUGAGCGCAAGCGCCGCUCCGUUGAUCCAUGGAUCUAA